UCCGGUUCCGGUUAGGACCAGGAGCCGGGUCGAGAUGGAGGAAGAUGUACACCGAAGCUGGCAGUGGCCGGGCGCCGCGAACAGACUGGGAGCUGCGGCCUAGCGGUCUGGGCGUGCAGUUCGCCUCGGACGCGGCGGGACCGCCCUGAUCGGAGAAGGACUUCGGGCACAAUGGAAGACAAACGCAACAUCCAGAUCAUUGAGUGGGAACACCUGGACAAGAAGAAGUUCUACGUGUUUGGCGUGGCCAUGACAAUGAUGAUCCGGGUCAGCGUCUACCCGUUCACCCUCAUCCGCACUCGGCUGCAGGUUCAGAAAGGCAAGAGCCUCUACCACGGGACCUUUGACGCCUUCAUUAAGAUCCUGCGAGCAGAUGGCGUGACUGGCCUCUACCGGGGGUUCCUGGUCAACACCUUCACCCUCAUCUCGGGCCAGUGCUACGUCACCACGUACGAGCUCACCCGGAAGUUUGUAUCUGACUACAGCCAGAGCAACACUGUCAAAUCCCUUGUGGCCGGCGGCUCGGCCUCUCUUGUAGCCCAGAGCAUCACAGUGCCCAUUGACGUGGUCUCCCAGCACCUGAUGAUGCAGCGCAAGGGUGAGAAAGUGGGCCGCUUCCAAGUGCGAGGGAACCCGGAGGGACAAGGGGUAAUUGCCUUUGGCCAAACCAAGGACAUCAUCAAGCAGAUCCUGCGGGUUGAUGGGCUUCGAGGCUUCUACCGAGGCUAUGUGGCUUCACUGCUCACCUACAUCCCAAACAGCGCUGUCUGGUGGCCCUUCUAUCACUUCUACGCAGAGCAGCUCUCGUCGCUCUGUCCUAAGGAGUGCCCUCACAUUGUGUUUCAAGCCAUCUCAGGGCCCCUGGCUGCAGCUACCGCCUCCAUCCUCACCAACCCCAUGGACGUCAUCCGAACCCGAGUGCAGGUUGAGGGCAAGAGCUCCAUUAUCCUGACCUUCAGACAGCUGAUGGCGGAAGAGGGGCCUUGGGGCCUCAUGAAGGGGCUCUCGGCCAGAAUCAUCUCAGCCACGCCCUCUACCAUUGUCAUUGUGGUAGGCUAUGAGAGCCUCAAGAAACUGAGCCUCCGACCCGAGCUGGUGGACUCGAGACACUGGUAACCCGUGCGGGAGAGAAGCCUGCCGUUUCCCACGCUGCUCUGGGAAGGGGACAGAGCAGGGAGGAGAGCACCCUCUCUGAGCGCCCCUACCACAUGCCUAGCCCUGCCCUGGGCCAGGUGCCCUCUAGGGGGCAGGAACGGACACUUUGAACUGCUCUUGCUGAAGAGGCUCCACACCGGCAUCUCCUGCCCCAUUAGCUAGUUUUCUUCCCAAACUGGCUCCCUCACUCAGUCCCUGUCCUCAGUCCUGCCCUGAGGAAACCCACCCUCCGCACCAGUCCCACUCUAUCCCUCCCGUUACCCCUGCUUUUAGCUUCCCUUUCCAUCCGGGUCCCUGAGAUCCCGGUAAGAGCUGUACAUUGAGCUUGCUAACUGCCACUUUUUCUUCCACUUGGGCCGUCAGCCCAGAUUCCAAGCAGUUGCCGCCUUUUCCUGCUUCGUCGCUUAGGCUUGUUUUUAUUUUGGGACUGAUUUGCCCACCAGACUACUCUGCUUUUUCCUGCCGCUGGGGCAAGGUGCCAGGCACGUUUGCACAGGGAGGAGUAACAGCGAAAGCUUCAGAGUGCUCAUCCUCUUUGGAGUUAUUAGAUUGGGAGAAAUGUUAAUACUUUAUUUUGUGUGUUUAUAUUGUUUUAACAUCCGUGAACCAGGUGACUGUCUUUGUCCUACUAAAGCACCUAUCCAAUCCUGCAGUCGGAGCCCUCCCUUUCCUCAGAAAAAUAUAAUGUAGCUUUUCCUUCAA